AAUUACAUUACAGGAAACGCUGCUAAUUAUGUGUUGAAUUGGUGUCAUAAAUUGUUUAGAUUAAGUAACGUUGACAAUUGGAUAUAAUUUGUUUUUUAGCUGAAAUAAAAUGUCCCUAAAUACAUGUAACUCUUUGGGAUACUGUUAUGGAAAUUCAUUUUGUGUUCCUGUUGGUGUUGAUAAAGAUCAAGAUGAAUACACCAUUCAAGAAGGAUGGAUUGCGGGCGCUUUUUUUCUUGGUCUAUUGAUAGGGGCGGGAAUCAUUUUAAUUCUCGCGAAACCCUUUCUCAAUGCACUAGAAAAGAAAAAAGUUCGUUGAUUUUCUAAACGCUCACUUAGAAAUUAAUGAUGAUUCGUAUGAUUUAUGUCAUAUUUGGGCUAAUUUUAAGGACGGCUGCCUCAGCGUCUUUUGGGUGUUUAUUAUAGUUGCAGUGAAUUAGGGUUUAGGGAUCGAUUUAGGGUUCAGGCUAGGCAUGCGGCAUAGGGAUCGAUUUAGGGUUAGGCAUAGGGAUCGAUUUAGGGAUAAAUUCGUGAAAUUCGAUAAAAUAGUGGCAGUCCUCCUUAACAUUUACCCAUAUUUUUUUAGGCAGUUUAGGCCUAUACUUUUAUAUUAAUUAUGGCAUAUCACUAUUUAUCUUUUCAUAAAUCUAUUUUUAUCUAGCAAUUUGAUAGGCACUACUGAUCAAAUUAUCUUAAGAAUACUUAGAUAAUAAAUACAAUUUUAUAUUUAACACAACAGUCAACAGUGUUUAUUUUGCAUGUGUAGGCACGUAAUCUCUAUUCUUUGAUAAUUUUCAAAUGCCCUACCUGUGUUACUGGCUAUUACUAUAAUUUUAUAAUACCGGUAACCAUAACUAGGGCCUAUAGUCUAUAUAAAGUUAUAUAUUAAUUUGAUAUAAUGGGAGUUUUAUUAAUGAGCUCAAUAACUCAAUACAUUUUUCUUUUUACCUUUAAAAACCAAGAGCAUUAUGUUGGCCUAAUAAUAAAUAAUGAAUUGUUUUCAAAAUUACUUUAAAUUUUAGCAUUAUAAUAAUGCAAUUUCUGUUUAGCGCCAAGAUGAAGAAAGGCUUCUGGACAUGGCUGGAAAUUCCAAAAUCAAAGAGACAAAAUCAGUUCCAGUUCAAGGCUGGGUAUAAUAAAUCUCUUUACUUUAUUUAUAUAUUUUAAAACUGUCUUAUAUUAUAAAAUAAUAUAUUAUUUUAAAAUUUUAUUUUAUUUUUAUACUUUACGUUAUAAAAAUAAAAUAAAAUUUUAAAAUGUGUAAAAAUAUGAGUCAAAGACUUUCUUUUAAACCGAUUUUCCUCCUUGUGUCCCCUUCUCUGAAUAAUAAGAACUUUAACUUUAAUCACACUUAAGUGUGCUAACAGCCGAUAAUUUCAGAAACACUGGUACAAGAUAUUUCCCCCUUCAUUAUUGGUGUCUUAAAAUAUUACUCAAAUUUUUUAGUUUCAUUAAUUUGAAACCUGUUCAUGGAAAUAAACCAUGUGUGAUAUUUUUUUCUAAAAAUAAAAUAUGAUUUUAGUAACUUCUAUUACCUGGUACUGUCACUGUUAACAGAUUGAUAAAGAAAAUGGAAAAGCUCUCAAAGGCAAAAAAUCUUUCAAAGUAAGCAGGUUUUGGAGGAAAAAGCAUAGUUUAUCCAAUCUAAAUGAAAAAGAAAUUGAUGAGGCUAAAGAAGGAGAUGUGGAUCCUGCAUGGUCAAGGGGAAUGGUUGAUGUCAUGCAGCAGACAACAAAGUAAGGACAAUUCGAUGAGUAUAAUAGCUUCUUUAGAUGCCUAAUACCACUUUUUAUCUUUCAAAACUUUUAAAUUUCAAUUAAUUAACUCUCAUUUAAGCAGGGUAUUUUUGUAUUACGGUACCGGUAUGAGCAAUUAUUGAAUAAUUUAAAGUGUUUUAACAAAAAAAUAGAAUAACAGGUUUUACAUUGGAUUUCCGUCCACUUGAUUUCUGUCCUUCUGGUCUUUGCUUGUGUGAGAAACAUGUGCCCACCUUUUUUCUUUUCUUUCACUUUCUCAAAAGGAAGGAUAUUUAUAUAUUAUUUACAUCAAUUUUAUUAGUUUUUCUGUUGUACUGAUGAAGGCAAAGUUCUUAAUUUGGUAUUUAUCAAUUAAGGCUUACCUAUACUGUUUUAUUUACAAAAUUUGUGUGUGUUGUAUUAAAAGCAUUAUCGUGGUACAAACCUUUUUUUUUAAAAAUAAUAAAGUUCUUCUCCGUGUUCAAUUUUUUUAUCAAUAAUGGACAUAGGCAAAUUUUUUACUAUUAUUUUAAGAUGAACUAGAAACUCACAUAUAUUUUAAAAAUAGAUUAUCUAUGAAAAUAAUUUAUAAUUAUAUCCAUUGAUUUUACAGCAGUAAUUCAGAGGUAGAAAUGCUUGACCAAGAUAUGGCAGCAAUCAUAUCUAUGGAAAGGUCCUUGGAGGAAGAAAAGGAAACAGUAAUAAAACUCAAUUCAUUACAAAUAGAUACAUUGUAGAAAUAAUGCAUUUUAACAGUAUGUUAAUCUGUAUUUUGAAAAAAAAAUUUACUUUGGUAGGAAAUGCACUGUUACAAUUAACUUUGAUCUUGACUAAGCCUUUAUUUACUUCUAUUUUAGACAAGUAUACUUUCAAUAGUAAUCUAAAUAAAAACCAUUGCAUAAAUAUUAAAUGCAGCCUGAGCCUUCUUAGUGUGUGCGUUCUGCCAGUGGGACAUAACCUGCAGAUUGCAAACUCAAAAUGACCAUGAUGACUUAUUAUUAUUGUGACACAGUGAAAUAUUUUACAUAGGCGGUGUAAAACUUUGCCACUACAUCAUUACCAGUAUAUAAUAUUUCAACAUAUUUUCAAAUCCUUCAUUGUUUACAAAUCCAGCCAUUUGGAAAGGAAAUUAAUUUUGUCUAAAGGUUGUGCUAUUGAUUUCUCCACUAUUUAGCUGUUGCUGAAAACUUUGGCAAUGAUUCUAAAAAAGAAGGCAGAGAGAAGGGGUGUGACACAAAACUUCUGUAUUAACUUCAUGAAAAAAACAGAAGAAGAUAUUAAAGAUUUGACAAAGAUGAUAGAAAGGGAGAAGGAAGAAGCUGAGGAGGUAAUGUAAGGCUGUGUUAAAAGUGUAGACAUUUCUCAGAUUAAAUAACAUACCAUUGAGCACUUUCAAAGCAUACUCACUAAGAAUUCUUUUAAAAUGAAAUUUUUAGAUACUUUUUAAAAAAAAAUUUAUUACCGUACUUUUAAAAAAAAAUUUUAUUCAAAAUUAUUCAAUUAUAUACAGAUACAAGUAUUUACAGGAAAAAUUACCGAAGUGUUAACUAAACAAAGUUUUACAUCAUGUGCUAAAAUAACUUAUUGACAUAAUAGUAAUAGUUACUGAAAUUCUAAUUAAAUAGUGUGUACUAUAUUAAACAUUUGUUUCUAUUAUGAAUUAUUUAACAUGAUGUAUCAAUGAAUUGGAAUUCUAAACAAAUUAUUUGAAUGUAUUAUUCUGUCAUUAUAUUUUCUUAAAUUAUGUUUUGAAUUAUGUUUUGUAUUUUAAAUCUAAAAAGUGUUUCUAAUGUAAUGUUUGUGUAAUUAUGUUUGUGAAAAAAAGCCCUUAAGUCUGUGGUGCCACACAUUUUCUGUAUUGUGAAAGUAAUAUUAGACUUAUUGUGUGCUGUGUCUUGUUUUUUUAUGCUGGUAUUGUGUUUAGUGUUCUAGUUCGGUCUACAUCUACUGGGUGAACUGUACCUGCUUGUCAUCAUCAUCAUGUCCCUUAGUUCUUGGACCGUUGGGGUGCCACAGAUGACAUGUGAACUAUCCUCCUCCAUUCGUCUCUGUCUUCUGUACUAUGCAUAGCAUUGCCCAGUGUUAGUCCUGUCCACUCUUUGAUGUUAUCCUCCCAUCUUUUUCUUUGUCUUCCUCUUCUUCUGCCUCCUCUUGUGGUGCCCUGCAAUAUUUCUUUGGCAAGCCCUUGUUUCCUUGUUACGUGGCCGUACCAUUGUAGUUUGUGUUUUUUCGCAGUCACCAGUAGGUCAUCGUACUCCCCAUUGCCUGGCAAACCUGCUAGUAUGAUUUUAAGUGUAGAUUUAGUCUGUAAUAUUGUGUUGCAUGUCAAAUAUAAAUGGUGUUCUGUCUCAUCAGCCCCUAUCCUGCAGAGUGGACAUUUUAUGUGCCUUAUUCUGUCCUUGUAUGGUCUUGAUGAGACUGGUGUCAUGUUGUAUAAGAGUCUGUAUGUUAUUUCCUUGUCUUUAUUUUAUAUUUCUUUAAUGUGUAUAUUUUUAAAUGUAUUCUUAGUGUUUAUUGUUCCAUAAACAUGUGUCCAUUGUAUCCUAUUGUAGAGUGGUGAUGCUUGUCUUAUAUACUUGUAUAGAGAGUUUUUUGUGUGUUUUUUUUAACAAUGGAUGUGAAACAUCCUAUCAUAAAUUUAAAAUAAACUUAUUCAAUAUUGUUUCAGAAAAUUCGCAAUGACACAAAGUUUGUCAAAGAUAGUGAGGGACUUGAAACUGAAAUGCAGAAAAUACACACUCACUUUAACAAUAAAAAGGUAAAUUGUCAGAUGAAACAUUUAAAUUCUCCUCUUUACUUAGUAUUAAACUUAAAAAAUUAUUGAUAGAGUGUAAAAUUAUGGUUAUAAUAUUGCAUAGUCUUAUUUCCCUUGUUGAUUGUAAUUUCCCUUAAAAAAUUUCCUUCCUAACAUUCCUCUCUGCCAGAGCAAGCUUCAGAGGGAUUACAGAGAUAAAUUAAGGCAAAGCCUUCUUCUAUCAUCUGGCAUGUCAGAAUCUGAGAUCGAUGAGCUUAUAGAGAAACUCAUGAACAACAUGGCAGUCAUAGAAGAAAAAAUAGGGAAUGAGCAGGCUCGUCAGAGAAGAGUAAUUAUUAUGAUAUUUUAAAAAAUGAAUCUUAAAAUAAGUGAUAAAAUCUUACAUAGUCAAUAAUUGACUUAUUAACUAAUAAAGCUAUUUUAUUAGGCUAACAGCCAAAUUUAACAGUUUUAGGUGUUUAGUUACUUUAGAAGAUGAUGCUCUGAAGUAAAUUACCUCCCUAUUAACGGUUUAGCAGUAUUUCUCAGAAUUAAAAAAACAUCACUACUUCUACUAUUUUCACGAAUUAAUUAUAGACCAAUAGGUCUACAUAUAGAAAAAUAAUAUCAUGCUAUAUUCAGCCAAAUAAUAGGCCUGAUACAAUUUUUUUUUAAAUGUCUAAAGGCUGUGGAACAAAGACUAGCAAAGAGAAAACGAGACAUGCAAUAUAGAGAGGUUACAGCAAGAGAGGCUGAAACUGAUAUAGAAGCCAGAGUGGACACUUUGAAAAAAUUAUUGUCAAAAAAACUCAAAGAAGACUCAAAUCAAGGAACUCAGAUGGAUAGUAUUAUCUCAGACUACAGUGAUGAACUUAACAUUAUUCAUAGAUUCCAUUCAAAAGGUAAUUUUUUAGAAUUCUUUAACAAAUGAAAUUUAGGUUCAUCCCUUGCUUUUAGACAUUCACUCGUUUGUUUUAUAAAAUUGCAUGACAUCUUGAUUGCUGUCCUCACUGGGGUUUUCUCAGUCUUUGACUUUCCAAAGGCACAUACAAAGCAGAGAGUCUGAUUAUCUCAUUGGUGUGGUCAUUUAGGUUUAAGCUGAAACCAGUCCACUGGAAUGCUUCAUCCAUGUCAUAUAGACACCUGGCUGUCAAAAUCAUUUUUGCAAUGCACAUACACACAAUUACUGAGGCCUUUUAUUGUUGAGGUUAAAUGUUUCCUCUUGUGAUACUUUCCAGAUUUUGAUGACAAAUGCUCAGAAAAGUAUGAUCUUUUACAAAACUUUAGACUCAGCAGUUUCUUUAAGUUGAUGAAAAAACAAGAGAAAGAGAAGGCAAUAUUUCUUCAAACUGCAGACAAAACAACAAAUACUGUUGAAUUUAACAAGGUAUAAGUAUUAGCUCAAUAAACUGAAUCUGUUUAUGUAUAAAAUCAGAUAACAUAAAUUUGUAAAAAAAAUUCAGUUUUAUAUUUUUUAUGUUUUGAAUUAUUAAAUCGAAGUGGCCAUUCGGACCUGGGUCCCAGAAGUAAGAAGUUGGGAUUUAAAAAAUAUUAAAAAUAUUAUUGUAGGGUCCGAAUAGCGGCUAUGCGUGUCUGGGUCCCUGUAGACUAAAUGCUAUUUGGAUGUCAUUUGUGAUAGUUUAUUUUAUUAAACUGAAGAAGUUAACAAAAAUAUAGUCCAUUCAAUUAUCUUUCAUUUGAUACCUAAUUUUGUCUUACAAACCCUACAAUAAUAUUUUAAAUAUUUUGUAAUAAACCCAACCUCUCGCUUUUGGGACCCGGGUCCCAAUAGCCGCAGCCUUAUUAAAUAUUAGUCUUUGUAGAGAAAAAAAAGGUAUACCUUUUCAGAAAAAAACAUUCCAUCUGUGUUUAGUGAACGUUCAUGAGUAGUUUUAAAUAACAAAUAUUAAAUUUUUAUUUAUUACUUUAAGGUAUUAUGAAGAAAUAUUUGAUUAUAACUUUUUAAAAUGAAGUAAUAAAAGUGUUUCUUUAAAUUUAAUGGUUUAAAACAAAUUAUGAAGGGUAUUGCCAGAGCAUUGAAUUUUGAACACAGGUCAAACAAAUUUCAAACAACUUAUUUCCUUUAUAACUACCGGUAUUUUAAAAAGCACCAUUAAAAUAAAUUUAAUAUUAUAAUUAUGAUUUUAAUGAUUUUGAAUGAUGUAAUUUCUGAUCAUACAUAUGUAAAAUAUUAGGCUGUAAUUUUUUUUAAAGCUUUGAAUCUGAAGAUCAAAGUAAUUUUUUGUGAUUUUUUUAAAAUGUUUUUUUCCUUUGAUAUUGCUAAAAAUGCUGCUAUUGCUAUGAUGAUUCCUCCUAACAUUAGCUUUUUUUUUACCCCAUGUGGCUUUUUAUUGGCAUCCGUCGGAGGACGAAAUCCACAUCGCCUGGGAUUAUACUUCAAGGAUUAUAAGCUGGUUCCCAACAGCAAAUCGCCUCUCUCCACGCCGCUGAGUAACCCAAGGGAACAUCAUUGGAUGAUACAGCUUGGCACCAGUGACGUUGCAGGAGUUGUCGGAAUGUUUCAUUGUAUCAAUGUUAUCCACCUUUCGGGACUCCAUCUCCGGGUUUGAUUUCAGAGUUUCUUUCUCUUAGAUGAGUUGCCAUCCAAGGUUAACGAGUCUCAUCUACCCGGAUGCUGGUGGUGUUAUUGCUUGACUGAGGUCUGGCUGGAAUUGAACUCCAGACCACCAACUUGAGAUUUGCUCAGUUUAGACCAUUCGGCCACCCAGCUAUGGGCAUGUUUUCUUGAUAAUCAUAUUGUAAGGUUUUAUGUGAUAAGAUAAAUCACUUUUUAUUCUUUUUCUGACUAGCUUUUUCAUGACUUGUUUAUUAAACAUCAUAUGGAACAAGAAGCCUUGUGUGGGGAACUGGACCAAAAGGAAAUCCAAGAGAUCUCCAAACUCAGACAGGUAUUACGUUAAAAUGGUAUUAUAUUUCAUACUUGCUAUCUGUUGCUGAGGGAAUGAAAUAAAUAACUCCUAAUUGUUGAAGUCUUUGGUGGACUCUGGUCACAAGUUUAAAAGAUGUAUACCGGUAUUAAAUUAAGUUACAGUCUGAAUUUACUUGAAAUAAUUCUACAUAGUGAUUUCACAGGUGAGUCACUUACAUUUGAUAUAAAGCAAUAAAUAUCAUUGUAAAAAAAGAAUACUCAAAGUAAGAUAAAAUCAACAUAAUUUAAUACUAAUUAUUUUUUUGCUUGGACUUAGCUACUCACUUAAAAAAAGAAUUUGAGUACUUGUAAUUAAUUAUAUUGUUGUGAGACAAAGAAGGUUAAAACCUGCUGGGUUUAGAUAAUAUUAAAAAUCAUGAGUGUUCAUAUUAUAAUUAUGUUGCUUCCUUAGAAUAUUUUAAAACUUUUAAUCUUACCAGACCAUAAACAACAAUGAAAACACAGCACUGGAUAAAGAGACAGAAAAGCUUGUGGAGAAAUUGGAAAGCCUAACUAAUCUAAAAUUUUCAGAGUCUGAAAAAAUUAUAAAAUCACACAAAGCACAAAUGUUAGAUUAUAAUGGUAUGAUAUUUGAAUAUAUUAAUUAUAGAAGUAUUAGAAGAUUUAAAAAUUAAGUUAAUUGUAAGCAAUAAAGUCAUCCAUGAUAUAAUUUAAUUUCCUAAUUAUUUUAAUUCUGGUAGGUAUAUUAACAAUAAAUGACUAGUUUAAAAAUAAUUUUCAGAUUUUAAUUAGUUGAUUUUUAAUUAUAUAGUCAAUAUCAUAGCUAGGAGUUGAUCAGGAUUUUCGUUUCCCCACUUCAGAUAAUUAAAUUGAAAACAUUAUUUAAGAAAAAGCAAAUUAAAUUUAAUAAAUACCAGAACAUUGUUUAAUUAAUAACAUAAUUCAUUUGAUGAAACAAAAUAAAAAAGACAUUGAUCUUUAAAAUUAAAAAAAUAAUUACAUCAUUGUAGUAAUUAUAUUGUUUUAAACCCUCGAAGAAACAGACUAUUAAAAUGGUGUGCAGCAGUGCAACUCUAAUAUUUAGAAACAUAUUUAAUUUCUACACAAUUUUACCUCAAAUUUGACCUUUUUUAAUUUUGUAUGGCAUUUUUUACUUAGGGGCGGGGCCAUCCUUAACUGACAUUUUUACACCUCUUAUCAACAAUUUUAAAAAAUUUAUCACAAAAUUUAGACCCCUCAUGUUAUAUGAUAUCAGAAAUUUGUGACCCCAGCAUCCUCCUCUAGCUGUGUGAUGUCUUUUGCUAAUUGCCCCUUAUUUCAACAUACAAACUAUGCAAAUUAUAGAUUGGCUUUAUUGUAACUUUGGAUGUGCCCUGCUCACAACAUCUCUAUUCCACUGUUUAUAAAGUCAAGAAGCUUAUUAUAUUUUACUUUUUGUUAACACAGAAUCUUAAUAUUAUCAAGGAAAAUUUUCAAUUAAAUUUAAUAGCAAAAAAGCAGAGAGAGAAACAAGCAGUAAUGGCAAGACUACAAGAGCAACUUCUUCAACGAUUGGCAAAUGCUGAUGAAGCUGAAGCUCGGGACCAAAAAGAGCAAGAUCUGCUAAAAGAAGAACAGAAAACCACCAUAUCUAGAGUGCUGAGCACUAACAUGGAUCUAAAUGAAGAGUAAGAUGAUUUAGGAAAUAAUGUACAAACUAGAUCUAUGGAAUUUUCUUGAGUUUUUCCAAUGGCCAUGUCAUGGGGGAGGACAGCAUUUAGGUAACAUGGUAUGGUCUGCUAAGAGGGGGACAGAUGUAGCUACAGGUAGUCCUCCAUAACUAUUAUUAUUAUUGGUUAAAAUUUGCUCCAGUUGGAAGUUUGCUUUUGUUGCCCCCCAUCCCCUUAACCCAACCCACCCACACACACACCCCCCACCCAAAAAAAACAAAUGGUUCCAUUGCAUUCUUUGGAUUUACAUAAAUAACUGAAAAUAGGUGACCUAAAAUCUCAUCACAAUAAUUUACUAAUACUGUUUAAAUUAAAAAAUUAAUGUAAUAAAAAAGGAAAAAUGUGAUGUAUGACUAUUAUUAUAUUAUAUCCUCAGAGCUAAAAAUAGAAUUUUAAGAGAGCAUGAACGGAACAUGCAAGUCUUGUCAAACCAAUUGCUUGCAAGUAAAAUUAGACAACAGAAAAGGUUAGUAUGUUAUUCAAACAAUUUAAUGAUUUUCUAAAACCCAAGAGUAAAUAAGCAAAAAUCAAAUGAUCCUAUUUCAUUAUAAUUUUUACUAAGACUAAGGUAUCAAAAUUCCUGAUACCGUAUCUGUUCAUUUUUGUUUUACAAAUACGGUAGGCUAAUCAAUUUUUUUUUACAACCAAAUUUCUUUAUGACUUUACGGUCUGUUUUUGUCAAUAACAUCUAAAAAGUUAUUUAAAAUUGAGUCUUAUUGUAGAUCAUCUAACAAAUAAAAUGGAAAUGUGGUGUUCGUUAAUUAAAAAUACACAUCUUGUUUGAACACUCACAGUCAAAGUUCUAAAGUUAAAGUAAAUAUGCUUUGGUGGAGGAAAAAUUUUUGCCAUUGCCAUACAGGUGCAUAAAACUAUUUUAUUUUCUCAGUUUAGAAAUUAAACUUAAUCAAAGAAAAGGUCGUAUAGGAGAGCUUGAAAGACAGAAGCAAGAGUUGCAUAGGACAAAAAAAUCAAUGAAAGAGAAAGAAAUUGCAGACCUUGAAGCAGAUCUGGUAAAUUAAAAAGAUACAAUUUUAUUCAAACAUUAACAAAAUUCUUUCAUUUAUCUCAAUUAUUUUUUAUAAUAUCAAAAUCAAAUGAUUUCUUAAAAUAAAUUUUGAUGUCAUUUAAUUAAAUGAUUUUGAUCUAGGCCAGCAAAAUAGAGAAGGAAGAGUUGACACUUGAAGAGGCUAGGAAAUCAGCUGUAAUGGAGCUAAGACAACAACUUGCCCAGGAAACUGAGGAAGCACUAAAACUACAUGAUGAAGAAAUAAGUCUGCUAAUUGGGAGACUUCAGGUAAAAAAAAUAGUAACUUUAUAUAAAUGUUUUUUUUAAAACUUUAAAAUAAUCUAUUUUGAUCACAAACUCUAAUAUUAAUAUCAGAACCUUGGUACCGAUCCCUGGUACUUGUUGUGCAAAGGAAAAAUAAAAACCAAUGAUUUGCAGGCCUAUUGCCAGGUUCAGCAUGUAAAUUGUAAUUUAUGAUUAUGUACCGGGUAUUAAAAAAUGAAUAACAUUACCAAGUACUGUAUGGGGGCGUCCAUUAAUUACGUCAACAAUUUUAAAGCAAAUUUUUACACCCCCCCCCUCCCCAACUGUCAUACUUUCAAUGACCCCCCUCCCCCAAGUAAUUAUGUCAACAUUUCUGACCCCCGCCCCCAAAAAAAUGAAUUAAAUUAAAAAUAAAUACAUUUUACUUUGUGCUGAUCUAUUUUAAUGACACAAAAAUUGUACUACAAUUUGUAGGGAAAUUUUUUUAUUUUUAUGGCAUCUUUAGCUUAUAAUCAACAAGUUAAAAUUUUAUCUAACUAAAAUGAUAACUAUUUUAAUUUACAUUCAUUAAAUUUGUAAAAUAAUGUAAUAACAAGUCAAUUUUUAGGAUACAUGAUUGUUGGCGUCAACUAAUCUAACCCCCAACCCAGCCCCCUUUGUCAACAAUAGUCAACGUUUCCACCCCACCCUCACCUUUUUUGUUGACAAUUAAAGGACCACCCUUAUUGAAUAUACAGUCAGGAUAUACAGAUAAAAAUUAAGAGAGAAUUAUUUCUUUCUUUUUUUUUGUUUUGUUUUUGUGUACCCGUAACAGCAUCACUGCUUUUUUAACUUUAGAUUACAUUUUUAAUCCAAAUUACUGUAUCUAAAUGAAAAGCCUGUGUUAUAUUUUAAUAGAUCGGUCAGGCUAGAAGGAAAGCCAUUUUAGAGAAACAGGACCAGACUCUUAAACAGCUUCAGGUAUAUUAACUUUAUGUUAAUAAUUUUGAAAAUUACAUGGAACCUUCUUAAAAGAAUACCUUAACCAUUAAUAUGUUAAAGAAUAUAAAUAAAGCCUCAUAAUUUCUUUCAAUGGGGAUUAAUACAUAUUUUGGCUGAUGUAAGGAUUAUAUGCAGUAAUAUAAAAGCCAUUUCCUUUUAUAUAAAAAAUGUGUACCAGUACUUUCUAAAGUUUUUUCUUUUUUAAUUCAAAAAUCCAUUUGAUAAUUUUGUACAGUACCGCAGUUAAAUUUCGGUCAGUUACUAUUUAUCUGAAUUACUGGUUAAUCCACAAUAAACUUUAAAAGAUAUGAUUUUUAGUAUGCACUGGAUCUUUUACUUUUCAGGAUGAAUUGGAGAGAAGGGUUGCAGGCGGCUCCUCCUUACCUGCCUUAGUGACAGAUCAGAUAAUUAAGCAAUAUCACAACCAAGUGUCUCACUUAAAUGAACAGCUUCAGCAACGAAAGAAAAGACAGGAAACACUAAUACAGGAAAAGCUCAGUGCUAAGAAACAAAGAAUGGAGGAGUAAGCAGAACUCAGAUAAUUCUGUUAUGAAUAAUAAUAUAGUACCAGUACCAGAAGUAAGAUAUGUUAAUAUAUAUAUUGAGCAUCAUAAUCUAUAAUUCUUCAUUAGUAUUUUCAUGCAAACUUUGUGCAUAUUUCCUUCACUCAGGUAUAUAGAAACUCAACUUGAGGAAGAGGCACAAACAGAGUACACUUCAAGACAAAAGAGAGGGGCUGGGUAAGAACGUACCAGCACUUAAACUUAAUGGAUCUAUUGAUAAAUGAAAGAUUUUGAAGAAGACUAAAAAUCUUCAAUAUUAUUAUUAGAUUAUAUACCGGUAACAUAUUCUCAAAAAUGUCAUAAUGAAAAUAAUGAAAACUCAUCUAAAAUAUGGUACUUGUAAUUGUAACGUUUUUAAGAAUAUCAUCCUCUAAAAUAGUCCCUUGCUUUGAAACAUUUCAUACCUCAUUAAUUAUACAAGUUCACAACUACAAAAAACUAAAAGAUUGACAGUUAAUAAGUUAUUAUUAUUAUAGUAUAGCCUGUUCAAAACUCCUUGUUUUGUGAUCAGAUAUGCAAGUCUUGCUUUGAUGCAAACUUUUCUGGAGCAAAGGCAUGCAAAGGCCAUGCAGGAACUAGAUAUUGAAAUGCAAGCAGAGUUGGAGAAAGCCAAACGUGAUCUUAACUCAGAGCUGGAGUUAGAAUUAAAAAAGGACUUGGAGGUCAGUAGAAAGACUUGCACUUGCAGUCAAAACAAAUCAAAAUCUUAAUACCGGUAUUCUUUCUUUACCAUACCUUUUUCAUCAUUAUGAUUACUUUUUUAAAUUUGACUUUUUUUGCAUACGGUACCAUACCAGUAUGUAAAUGUAAUACCAGUAUAUGGAUGGCCCCUUAGACUUUGUACCGGUAUAUAAUUGUUUUAAUAUGUAUGAGUACAUUAGGUCAACCAGUCACAUUUUCUUAUAAAAGAAUCAUUUCAUUACUUAUUUUUGUAAUAGUUAUAAUGGGUUGUGGCAUAUAAUUUGAUUUAAUGCUAUAUUAUAAUAUAUACCAGUACCUGUAGGAGGUAUUGAGGAAAGUGCCACAAGGAUGGAUGAUUGAGAAAUGUUGAAGUUUUAAGAAGCUGUAAUUUCAGAUUGCCAUGUUCAUUUUUGUAAUGUACGGGUACCAGUAACUAAUGAUUUUUUGUACAGAUUUUGGUUCUGGGGCAUCAUCAUAUCAACCCUUUACCGGACCAAUACUUUUUUUAGGCACCCCUAUGGGUAUAUACCAGGUUACUAUACCGUACUAUGAUCUCAAACCACCCCCCCUCCUCCCAAAAUGUUUCCAGUACUGUACAAGCAAUUAAGACUACAAAACAUAUUAAGUUAAGUAACUGUACAUCCCACCAUUUGAAGACAACAGAACAUAAUCAUAUAGUCUCUAGGACUAGGACAGUGGCCUUAAGUUAGAGUACGGUAACUAAGACUAGGAAUGAAGGGGGCAUUCCCCUUCAAAUGGAGGUGCAACAUUUUUCUUCCAACUGCGUUUUUUUUUAGGCAGGGAGAUGGCAAAAAUUUUGUCAUGCAUGGGGCGUCACUAACCCUAGUUACGCAACUGCUCUGGGAUAUAGGAAAACUAGAAAAAGUUAGUAGUUAGUACUAUAACUAUUAAACUAGGGCCUCAAAACACCUGGUACUGCUUUUUUAAAUAGAUUUUUUGGUCCGGUUUUGACAGCAUAUGUUGCUGUGCUUAGUACUUUGAGCUUAUAUACUUAUAUUUUAUUAACCAUUUAUUUCAAAGUCUUAUUUGAAAAUUAAUUUUCUUUUCAGAUGGAACAUAAAGACUUUCUCUCUCAACUUGCUGGUAUAAGUAAAAUGCCUCAGAGUGAUCUGCAUAAUGCAGUUUCUGCAACUACAGCAGGUACCGGUAUAGGUUUUUUAAACUUGGAAAAAGAGUUUUAUCAUUACCCCAGUAUCUUAAAAUUAUAGCAUUAGAAGUAGAACUCCCGACUAGAAGCAUGUACCUGCAGAUUAUUGAAAAGGCUUAAAACUUAAAAUGCUGCAGUUUCUAUGUUAUGUGGCUAAUCUCAUCACAAAUACCAUAUAAAUUUAACACAACAGUAAAUUUGAUAAGUACCUAAAUUGAUGAUUUUAUUAACGGCCUAAUGGGGCUAUGCAAAUGAAUAGGUUUUCAGCUUUUUUUCCCCCUAUGAAAUAAGUUAUCAUACCAGAGAUGGGUUAGCUUUACUUUAUGCCGCUAGGAAUUUUAAGUUCUAGUUAAUAAAUUGAACUAAUUGUAAACAAAUUAAAAAUAGAUUUAGUUAGAUAAAUAAUUUGAACAAAUUUUCAUAUAAAUUAUAGAAGGUAUUAUCAUUACAGUUACACUGUAAAUAAGGUUUCUCUAAGAAAACCAUUUGAAAAUUUGUAAAGUUAUGAAAACAAUAUACCCAGUAGAAGAAUGUCUUGCAGUAACAUAUGUUGAGUCUCAGAAGUGUACCAAAAUUAUUAUUUUGCCAUGUCAUUUGUAUAGGUAAAAGUGACAACCCAGCUGCCAAGCACUUAGCUAAAGAAGUAAGAGAAAGUAUGAGCAGAUCCAAAACAUUUGCAAUCUCUGACUCUUCUUAUAGAAGUAAAGGUGAUGAGUUAGGUAAGGCUUCUUGAUAAAAUUUCUUAAUGUAAUUACCAUGUUGAGCUUAAACAAAUGAAGUAAAAUCAUAUUUAUUCUAUAUUUCAGCCUACAAACGAGCAAACACAGACCUGAAUCAACCUUUUCCAUUGCAAUAUGACAAAAUUAGGACAAGUUCUAUCUCCACAGCUAAUAAAGCAAGUAUAAGGCCUGCAAUCGACAGUGACAAUGAAGAUGAAAGUGAAGACAGUAAUGGCUUCUAGAAAAAUCUUUUUCAAGUAUUUUAACUAGAUGUUUAGGCUGUAUUAUGAAUGAUAAAUUACAUAUAUAAAGGUUUUGUAAAUCGGUGUAUGUCAAAUCCUUUUACUUGUACAGUCGUGUAGUACAGUACAAAAAAUUCACAAAAACUUGUAAAAAAAGAAAAAAGCAACACAAAAUAAUUUGGCAUAAUUUAUUUUUAAUAACCUUUUAAAAUCGCAACUUUUGGAAAAACCACUUGUUUUUGCCAGUUUUGUAUCUGUUGAGAAAAAUAAAUAUGUUUUGAAUUAGGAAAUGUCUUUAUUAUUUAAAGUUCUUGUUCUUUUUCAUCUAUAUCUGGUACUAGUAUGACUAUGGUGUGAGUUCAGCUACAAAAACUUUUUGAGCAAACUCCAAUCUUGUUUGAACACUAUUUUAUUAUGUGAGCUGCAAUGAAUACAAUUUUUAUUAUCAAAGUAAUUUAAAACUGGCAGAUUUUUUUUUGUAAAGAUAAUGAGUUCAUCUGGCCUUACAAUUAAAAUA